CUCACCGCGGGCGUGCUUUUGGUCAUGUCGGCGUUUUUUUCGUUAGCGGAAACGUCCAUCACGACGUUGUACCCUUGGAAAGUGCGAGAGUUGGCGGAUCAGGAAGGUUCGACGGGCGGGGUGUUUCAGAUUAUGCGCAAGGACGUGACGAGAUUUCUCACGACGAUUUUGAUAGGGACGACAUUUUCUGGGAUCAUGGCCACCGCGCUCAUUACGGAGGCUGCAUUGAUACUAUAUGGCGAUGGUGCGACGACCGCGGUGACGGUGGCGCUGACGAUCGUGAUGCUGGUGUUUACAGAAAUCGCUCCGAAGAGCGUGGCGGUGCAGCACGCCACGGUGAUUGCACGCGUCAUCGCGAAACCCAUUUACUUGCUCUCCUUCGUCGUCUACCCGCUCGGUCGAACGUGUCAAAUCGUUGUGAACGCCAUGUUUGCCCUUUUCGGUCUCAAAACUUCCGCUGAGCCGUUUGUGAGUGAAGAAGAGUUGAAACUCGUCCUCGCCGGGGCGACGAAGAGCGGCGAAGUGGAGAGCGCGGAGAAGGAUAUGAUUCAAAAUGUGUUGGAUCUCGAAGAGACGGUCGUGAGAGAUGUGAUGACACCGCUCGUGCAAGUGCACGGCGUGCGAAGCGAUGCCACAUUGGCUGAAUUUCGUACGGAAUGGAUCGAGCACAAGUACUCUCGCGUGCCGGCGUGGGAGGAUCGCGUGGACAACAUCGUGGGCAUUGUUCGAGCGAAUCAAAUCAUGCAGCUCGGAAUAGAAAGAGAUCUUCGCCCGGAGCAAAGUAAGGAACUCGAAGACGUCCUCGUCCAGGAUGUCAUGCUUCGUGACACUUAUUUUGUUCCCGAAAGCAUGUCCGUGAGUAAACUCCUUCGCGAGCUCAUGCAGCGCAAGUCUCACAUGUGCGUCGUGGUGAAUGAAUUUGGCGGCACUGUAGGUAUCGCCACACUUGAGGAUUGCGUGGAGGAGAUCGUCGGUGAAAUCUAUGACGAAGAGGAUAGUCAAAAGGCAAACGCGGAUGAGGAUGAGCAAGAUGCGACGCCGUUCAUUCGCGAGGUGGGACAGGGGGCGUAUCUCGUAGACACUCGCGCGGCGCUAUGGAAAUUGGCGGAUGAGUUGUCGCUGGACAUUCCCGAGUCGCCUCUGUACGAAACUGUGGGUGGUUUCGUGUGUGAUUUAUUCGGAUCUAUUCCCGACGUCGGGGCGUCGAUCACGACAACGUUUGAGCACGUCGAGGACGAGGACGCUAGUUCGGAUGACGAG